AUGUCUAGAAAAUCUGCUGACGAACUUCUUCAAUCCUGGCAGCCCAUGGUCGGACGUGGAGGUGAUCCCAACGACAUCGAGGCUCCCUGGCAGACUCUCAAGGAGGCCAUGCUCGACAUCCACAACAAGAACUGCAGUACCCUCGCUUUCGAACAACUUUACCGUGCGUCUUACAAGAUUGUCCUCAAUAAGAAAGGCGAUCUGCUCUACGAUCGAGUACGAGAAUUCGAAACAGCCUACUUUGCCGACCAUGUCAUCCCUGCCAUUGAGAAACUCGUUACGGCAAACCUCAUCAGCAUCGCCAUGGGCAAAUCCAACUCGUCCGUCAACGAACGGCGCCAGAUGAGCGAGCACUUUUUGCGCAACCUCAGGGUGUCAUGGGAGGACCACAAUACGUCGAUGAACAUGGUCGCCGACAUUCUGAUGUACCUCGACCGAGGUUACAGUCAGGACUCGCGCCGGCCUUCCAUCUACACCAGCUGCAUCGGUCUGUACCGUGAUCGCAUUCUACGCUCGAGCCUCAACGACCAUGUCGACUACACCAUUUUCGACAUCCUCAACUCGGUCGUGCUCGACCUCGUCAACAUGGAGAGGGACGGGGAGGUCAUCGACCGCUACAUGAUCAAGAACAGUGUUAAAAUGCUCGACUCGCUGUAUGAGGACGAUAAUGAGAACAUCAACCAGAAGCUCUACACGACAACAUUUGAGCCUGUCUUCCUCCAGUCCACGGCCGCAUACUACGCCAAAGAGUGUCAGAGGCUGCUCGAUGAGGGCGACGCCAGCGUUUGGCUGCCGCAAACCGAACGACGAUUGUCCGAGGAGGUUGACCGAUGCGAGACGACUCUUCACAGAGAUACCAAGGAGCAGUGCAUCAAGAUUGUAGAGGCCGAGCUGAUAUCGCGCCAUCUUGACGAGUUUCUGGCGCUCGAGGCUAGCGGGCUCAAGGCUAUGCUCGAUCAUAAUCGAAUCCAGGAGCUAUCUAUUCUGUUUGGGUUGGUGGCCCGAGUUGACGAGACGAAAGCAUCUAUGAAGGCUAUUCUCUCUAGUCGAGUUGUGGAACUGGGUCUCGAGAUCGAACAGAACGUCAAGAAUACCGAUUUUUCCGCCCCUGCUCCUGCGGGUGACGGUGAGGAGGCUGCCGAUGGCGCGGACAAGAGCAAGGCGCCAGCGGCUCCCUCCGUCUCCGCACAACAGACGGCUGCCGCGAUCAAGUGGGUCAACGAUGUCCUGCAGCUCAAGGACAAGUUCGACAACAUUUGGCGCCAGGCCUUCCACGAGGACCUUGUCCUGCAGACAGUGCUCACCAAAAGCUUUUCCGACUUCAUCAACGUCUUUGCGCGAGCCUCCGAAUAUGUGUCGCUCUUCAUCGAUGACAACCUGCGCCGCGGCAUCCGAGGCAAGACGGACGAGGAGAUCCACGUCAUCAUGGAUAAGGCCAUCAUCCUGAUCCACUACCUCCAGGACCGCGACAUGUUUGAGCGAUACUACCAAAAGCACCUGGCGAAGCGGUUACUCCACAGCAAAUCGGAAAGUCAUGAGGCCGAGAAGGAGAUGAUCUCUCGCAUGAAGAGCAAGCUUGGUAACCAAUUCACGGCCAAAUUUGAGGGCAUGCUUCGCGACAUGGAUACGUCAAAGGAGACAACCGCCGGCUACCGAGAUCACAUUCGCUCUUUGGGAGAUGUAGAGCGCCCACAGGCCGAACUCGGCAUUAAUAUUCUGACGAGCAACAGCUGGCCGCCCGAGGUGAUGGGUCGCAGCGCACCACUCGCCGGUGGCACCGAAUGCAUCUACCCCGAGGAAAUCACAAGGCUGCAGGAAAGCCUCACCAAGUACUAUCUCACAAAUCGCAGCGGUCGCAAGCUCAGCUGGGUCGGUACGGCCGGUAAUGCAGACAUUCGCUGCGUGUUCCCCGCCAUGGCAGGUGGCAAGGGGCCUCUGGCCCGCGAGCGCAAAUACGAACUCAACGUUUCCACGUUUGGCAUGGUGAUCAUCAUGCUCUUCAACGAUCUCGAUGACCGAUCUCUGACGGCCCAAGAAAUCCAAGCACAGACCAACAUUCCGACGCCUGACCUCAUGAGAACCCUUACCUCACUUUCAAUCGCGCCCAAGGCCCGCGUCCUUCUCAAGGAGCCUGCUAGUCGCCGGAUUGAAAUGACGGACACUUUCAAGUUCAACGCAUCGUUCGUCAGCAAGACGGUUCGCAUCAAGGCCCCCAUCAUCAACGCUGUCUCCAAGGUUGAAGACGACAGCGAGCGCAAGCAGACGGAGGAGAAGAAUGCACAGUCCCGCGCUCACAUUAUCGACGCGGCCAUUGUGCGUACGAUGAAGCAACGGAAAGAGCUCGGCCACUCGCAACUCAUAUCCGAGGUGGUCACUCAGCUGGUCGGCCGAUUCAGCCCUGAGGUCAGCGUUGUCAAGAAGCGGAUCGAGGAUUUGAUAGUUCGAGAGUACCUGGAGCGCGUAGAGGACGCUGAUGUGCCAACGUACCGAUAUCUCGCAUGA